GCACACCUGAAACAAGCAGACAAUCAGCUGUGGGCAGGUACACGGAGCAGAGGAGCCGGAAGGACUGGGGUGUCGGAGCUUUUCCACUCGCAGGUGUUCUGACCGCACGUGCGCCACCUGAACGCGCUCGGUUUGUGAAAGAGAGGCAGCCGUGGAGGAAACAUGACGGACCGAGGGAAGAAGCUGCUGCUCGUCGUGGUGGACAUCGCCUGCGUGUUUGUGGCGGCGCUGCCUUCAGCCAUCCUCACGCUGAGGUUUAAACCUCAUCACCGAGGAAUCUACUGCAACGAUGAGAGCAUCAAGUAUCCCUACAGGAGAGACACCAUCUCUCAUGGCACCAUGGCUGCGGUCACCAUCACCUGCUCUUUAGUCAUCAUCACUACAGGAGAGGCCUAUCUGGUGCACACAAACCGUCUGCGCUCCAACUCCACGUUCAACCAGUACCUGUGCGCGCUCUACAAGGUGGUUGGGACCUUCCUGUUCGGAGCUGCAGUUAGCACGUCGCUCACCGACUUGGCAAAGUUCACCAUCGGCCGUCCUCGUCCAAAUUUCUUAUCCGUGUGCAACCCGAUGAGCUGCAACGGAUACCUGCUGGAGAUCAACUGCACGGGAAAACCUCGCAACGUGACCGAGUCCAGGUUGUCGUUUUACUCCGGCCACUCGUCCUUUGGGAUGUACUGCAUGCUCUUUCUGUCGCUGUACGUCCAUGCCAGAAUGCAGGGUAAGUGGACCAGACUGGUUCGACCCACCAUCCAGUUCUUCCUGGUGUCGUUCUCUCUGUACGUCGGCUACACUCGGGUCUCCGACUACAAGCACCACUGGAGCGACGUGCUGGUGGGCCUGCUGCAGGGAGCCCUCAUCGCCGUGCUCACCGUUAAAUACGUGUCCGAUUUCUUCAAGCCGCGCCCUUUACGCAGCACGCCAGCAGAAACGGCAGAGAACGAACAGCUGGAGUGUAAACCGAGCCUGCAGCCUUCAGACGCGCAGCACGGAAACCAUUACAGAUGUUCCACCGCUCCUGUAUGAGCUCCCAGCUGAGCCCGACUCGGCUCCGUUAAAGGACUCUGACGAAUGCACAGGACGGCACAAGUGUUCCCCCGACGCACUUUCACUGCCUGGUUCCUGAAACUUGUUGGGACAGACGCUCCAAGAUGAUUUUAUAGUGUGGGUGUGUGUUGCAAAAAUGUACUGACUGUGUGUGUGUGUGUGUGUGUGAUAUAAUGGAUUUUUUAAAAUGUUUUGAUGAGUCCCUGUUCGAGCAGAGCUUACAGAUUUGUGAAACAAACGGCGACUGCUGAAAAAUUCUUUCCAGAACGUUUCUGCCCGAGUCGAUAAACGGCGUCCGAACACGGCGGGCUGCGUGAUUUUCCCCCGUCAGACGACUGUCGCAGCUUCUGCACGCUGGAGCUGCAUGCGUCCGUCUGUGCACGACACUUUUCGUCCCUCUCUGCGUAGGUUUGUUAAAAACUCCACACGAAACUUCUGCUCAACGACUGAUCUGAACGCAGAAGCUACUAACACUUAUCUUUUUAUAACCACUAUAAAGAAUUUUGUAGCAUUUUAAAAAUGAUUAAUCACGUUUGUAAUUUUUGCUUGCACGUUUCAUCUUGCAGACUGCAGGAGUAUUUAUAGAGGCGCAUUACAUUUGUCCCUUUUGUGCCAAGUCUUUCACAAAGUACAUUCUCACAGCGACCCCCUCCCUCUUCACUGCUGCACAACCUGUUGUGAAAUUGUACAUACUAGUGUUGUUUUUGUUCCCAGCCUGUGUAAAGUUUUGUGCACAUUCUUUAUAAAUGUAAGU